AUGAAUAUUCAGCAUAUUGUCGCUUACGUUACUGGAGGCGCGAACGGUAUUGGAAAAGCAUGUGCGGAGAAAAUUUUUCAACAAGGUGGUAAAGUAGUGGUAGCUGAUAUAUCUUGUAAUGGAGCUAAAGUUGUCGAGAAUAUGGGUGACAAAGCUAUAUUUACGUGUACCGACGUGAGAUUAGAAAAGGAUGUGGUGGACAGCAUAAAAUGCGUGAAGGAGAAAUUCGGGGGUGUAAACGUAUUGAUUAACUCGGCCGGUGUAAUCGGAUACGAGACGAUAAUUGAUCACAAGACGAAGAAACCGCAUUCCGUCGAUAUGUACCGAUGCAUCAUGGACACUAACGUUUGGGGUGUGUUCAACGUGACACGUUUGUUAGCUCCUUUGAUGGCGGAGAACAAGCCCGAUGAAAAUAAACAGAGGGGAGUGAUUAUAAAUCUUUCGAGCAUGAUGGCGUACGAUCCUCCAGCCGGUUUAGUUACUUAUGGCGCUUCGAAAGCCGCCGUUUCUGGAAUGACCAUGCCUUUGGCCAGAGGGCUCGCGAUGAAAGGAAUACGCGUUGUUACCAUAUGUCCCGGUUACAUAGACAGUCCCAUGACAGCUCCACAAAAGCCACCCGAAAGAGCGAAAUGGAUAAGAAUGAAAUUGACACCGAAACGUUUCGGGACUUGCGAGGAAGUUGCCCAUUUAAUCCAAGCUUGUAUCGAAAAUCCAUUAAUAAACGGUGAGAAUAUACGCAUAGACAUGGGCUUCAGAUUCAACCAGAUAGAAGAUUCGGAACCAUCAUUCGCUUGUUAA